UUCAAUUUUUUUCAGAGCUGUUCCACUGAUUUAAAUCUAUUCAGUUUUACGUAAUGACCUUUCGCUAAAUGGUACAAAGGCAAAGUACUCAGAGUAGCCCAGUGAAUGAUCCAACCUCUUUGCGCACUAAAGAUGAUUCGGAGAUCCCUGACCCCAAAAAUAUACCUACUAAACCGAAAGAAAGCUCAGAUGAUAGGCUUGUGAAAGGCAAGCAGGGCGAUUCUGAUUUAACCAAGACAGAUAAGAGAGAGAGUUGCCUCACUGUUGUAACGCAAGCUAUCCAAAUCCCUACUUCGAACAGUGAUUGCAACGAGAACCCUAAAGGUGAACUGUGUAAAAGUGCCGCUGACAGAGCGAAAGAAGAAGCUGAUGGUGGCAAACUAAGAGACAACAAGAGCGCUCGUGCAAUCAACAGUGAAUCCUCUUUGCAACCACAGUCCCAUCCGACUCGUCAACAGAUCCCAUCCAGUGCCUCUACAGACUCAAAUCAGAGGAAACUAUCGUCGAUGGCAGCUCCUAUGAAUCACAGCGUAGCAGCCAGUGGUGCUCAGAUCACACAGCAAGUGUCUCAUGAGUUGCGAGUGGAUGACGACGAGAGCGAGGACGAGGAGGAGGACGACGGAGGGGCUGAGGAGAUCCUGGAGGAGUCGCCGUGUGGAAGAUAUCACAAGCGUAAGGAGAGGGUGACCCAGAGGGACGUACCAGGCAUAGACGCCGCAUUCCUCGCCAUGGACACUGACUAUGCCGUACAGGUGGUGUGGAAUGAAGUCGUGUUUUCUCAGCGGAAGAGCUGCUUCAAACCUCAGGCUGCCUCCAUCAAGCAGGUAUUCGACAACCUCAUGCUCAUAGACCACCCAAACAUCAUCAAAGUGCACAAGUACUGGACUACCGAGAACAAAGACGAGAAGCCUAGACUCAUCUUCAUCACGGAGUAUAUGCCCUCCAGAAAUAUGAAGCAAUUCCUAAAGACCACCAGGUCUCAAACGCAGAAACAGAUGGGUUUCAAAGUGUGGAAGAGAUGGUGCAUUCAGAUGCUGUCCGCUCUCAGCUACCUGCACUCAGUUGAUCCCCCCAUUAUACAUGGUAACUUAAACUGUGAAACUCUAUUCAUCCAACACAAUGGACUUCUGAAGAUAGGUUCCAUAGCUCCUGAUGCUAUCCAUACCCAUGUGAAAACUUGCAAAGAGCAGCAGAAGCAUUUCCACUUUAUAGCUCCAGAGUAUGCUGGUUCUGGAGACCAGCCUAUUAACGAAGCAGUAGAUAUAUACGCUUUCGGAAUGUGUGCUCUAGAAAUGGCUGUCCAUGGUUUAACUGGAAACGGCGAGAACGUAUCGAUUACCGAAGAAUUAAUUGAGAAAACGCUUCAGACUCUUCAAGCAGAGCAAGCAGAUUUUAUUCGUUCAUGUAUUGCAGAAAACCCAAAGAAUCGGCCAUCAGCCAGAGAAUUAUUGUUCAGGCCGAUAAUAUUCGAAGUGCAUCAAUUGAAAUUGUUAUCUGCACACGUAGUGGCAAAUCACGACUUGCAAUUACAAGAUAACCCUUUGUACAAAAACAAACGUCAACCAAAUGAUGUAUUUGCAAGUAUCAAGAGCAACCCCACCAGUGGAGGAAGUUAUGCUUCUUACGUGUAUGGAAAGUUACCUCAGAAUGACCUAGAAAAGCUUUUGGAAGAUGUUUCUCAAGGAUUAUUCCCUCUGACAAAUUACGCUGUGAAGAAACGUUUGGAGAAAUUGUCUCAGGCGUCCAGUGUUGAAGAGAACGACAACGCCACUGCCGGAGACAGUUCGGGAGAAGCUCCGGAUCCCGAGAUGCGGAUGAUAGUAUCAAUGUCAUGUGAAGUGCAUUUUUCGAAAAGUAAGGAACAAGAAUCCUCAACUGGUGCUAUCAAUGCUGAAGACGCUUCUGCUGGAAAUAUUCUAGAAAGUUCCAUUCCAAAUUUUGACAUCAGUUUGAAGUUGAAACUUGAUGAUAACACGACACGGUUUUUAAACAGUCAGUUCUCAGGCACUGAGUUGCCGAUUUUGUCGCAAGAAUUGGUCGAUUUGGGAUUCAUAAAUGAGUCUGAUAAAGACAAAGUAAAUGAUGUAAUACGGAAAGCCCACAGUAAAGUGCUGGCCACCUCUUUGAAUGUGAUAUCUUGAAAAUCAAUUGAAUGAAAUAUUUGUUAGGACUAUGGUGUUAUGUGACUUAUUUUCAAUUCGGUUCGUAGUUGUAUGCAAAUAAACAAAGUUUAAUCUG